AUGACCCCUGACCUACUGCAAAGCGAAAGAAAGAUCGUGGAACCACAUACUGAAUUUCAUUCAUUCAGGAUCCAACCGUAUGCGAAGAUCUAUAUCAAACAACUGACGUUUUCCUUGCAAUCUCACUCCAGUAAAUUCUUCAAGGUCGGAGACAGGUUACGCGUUGUUAUCUCGGCCAAAAACAAACAAGGGAACGUAACCACAAAUAUUGGUGAUUAUUUUCGGGCCGCCAUCUUUAAUCGACAGACCAGGUCCGGUGCAGUUGGAAUCAUCACGGACCACCAGAACGGCACGUACACGGCAACCUUCCGGCUGUUGUGGGAGGGACAGGUGAACAUAGUGGUCAAACUGGUCCACCCACGUCAGGCUAUAGACGUCAUAGAAAGAACUGUUAGAGAACACCCAGUCGACAAGAUUAUGUUUGUGAAGCGAUACCUUAUCGGUAACGCUAAAAUCGACACCAAGUGUAACGUAGACCCGGUCGUCUUCAACAACACCGCCCCGGUUUGUAACUACUCCGACCCGCAUGCAGGAGCCAUGUGGUACUGUGAGAAAGCUGCCAACAUUUCCUGCAACACAUCCGGGUACCACGGCAGGCUUAGUGCCAGAGUCCAUCUGCUAAAGGACGGAGAGGAAAAACUGUUUGGAAGGUAA